GGGCUCUGACGUGGCCACUUUCCAUUGGCUGUUUUACAGACUGGGGUAAUGCUGAGCUUGGGGGUGCAAGGGUGUCCUCAUUCUGCUGUCGGCACUCGCCUCAGACACACGCUCCUCACGCCCACACCGCCCACAGGUUCCCGCAUCACCACAAUGGUUGGCCAGGACAUCCGCUCACCAGGCUUCGGUCUCCACGCUCUCAAGAGGUUCCCAGAGAUCGUGCCUCUCGUGAGCAUUAUGGGGAUUGCCAUCGUAGGCGUGUCUACUUGGUGCGGUUAUGCUCUCAUGACCAAGACCGAUGUCAAACUCAACCGCAAUGACCUCUCCCGCUGGGACAAAAUUGACGUCAACAAGCCUCAGAAGCUCCUGACGGUGAACCAGCAGUACGGAGAGAACCCAGAAAUCACUGCCCUGAAGAAGGAGCUGGCUGAGGCUUACAGGGGACACUAAGACUUCGUGGAGUGUUGCUGGGACUCCAGCGGGCAGCUCUCCACCACCUCUGCUCGAUGCUUACUACGUAGUGACGCCCUGGACCCCUCCGUCAAGUUGACGGCGUCUCUCAGAACCUGUCUGUCAUACUUCUACCGCGCCUACCUGUCCUGGAAGUAGUUUACCAGACCUGGAAGGAGUCUACCAGACCUGGAAGGAGUCUACCAGACCUGGAAGUAGUCUACCAGACCUGGAAGAAGUCUAUCAGACCUGGAAGUAGUCUACCUGACCUGGAUGAAGUCUACCAGACCUGGAAGGAGUCUUCCAGACCUGGAAGUAGUCUACCAGACCUGGAAGUAGUCUACCAGACCUGGAAGUUUCUCGUCAUAUUUCGAAAGACCUUGAUAAUAUAUUCUGUUACAGUAUAUUUGUGUUUAAUAGCUAAUAAAUAUGUUAAUAUAGUUUCUCAUUAUAAAUUCAUAAGUGUUUUACUUUUCUUGAAAGUUCACAACUUAAAGUUUGUUGUCUUGAACCAAAAACGUAGAUAAAGUUUCCAAACAUUUAAUAACUAUUGAUAACACACUUGAAGACAAUUUCAAUACGUUAGCUUCCCAAUAAGGACUUUUAUAACUCCCUUGAGAAACAAUCUUGCAAUUUCUUCAAUAACAUGUAUUACCACCCUAAAAAGGCCUUUCGUAUUGCAGCCAAAAGUAAAUAUCCACUUUAGGUAGCGAUCAACUUAAAAAAAAACUUAUCAAAUGCACAGUUGCAGACUCCACAGAGAUGAACUUGAGAUGUGCAGAGGAGCUGUUGAGAGCUGUUCACUGGUUUGAUUAACUGUUGGUGUCCUCGAAGUAAUUACGAUGCUUGUUACUGCAAAGGUGGUUAGUACUGCCCGUUGGUGUCGUAACCAUUCCACGAACGAGUCUUCAGAACAUCUUUACCCAAUUCCAGGAACGCUGACCUUCUCCACCUUCUUCAGGAACGUUGACCUUCAUCUAUAGACCAUUCUUUCCCUAUCCAGAAACAUUGAUCAUAACACCUACAUAAACACUGACCAUCAACACCACCCAGAAACAUUGACCACCUGCACCCAGAAUCAUUGACCACUUGCAUCCAGAAAUAUUGACCACCUGCACCCAGAAACAUUGACCACAUACACUCAGAAACACUGACUACCUGCACCCAAAAACAUUGACCACCUGCACCCAGAAAUAUUGACCACUGCACCCAGAAACAUUGACCACAUACACCCAGAAACACUGACUACCUGCACCCAAAAACAUUGACCACCUGCACCCAGAAACAUUGACCACCUGCACCCAGAAACAUUGACCACCUGCACCCAGAAACAUUGACCACCUGCACCCAGAAACAUUGACCACCUGCACCCAGAAACAUUAACCACCUGCACCCAGAUACAUUGACCACCUGCACCCAGAAACAUUCACUACCUACACCCAGAAACAUUGACCACCUGCACCCAGAAACAUUGACCACCUGCACCCAGAAACAUUGACCACCUGCACCCAGAAACAUUGACCACCUGCACCCAGAAACAUUGACCACCUGCACCCAGAUACAUUGACCACCUGCACCCAGAAACAUUCACUACCUACACCCAGAAACAUUGACCACCUGCACCCAGAAACAUUGACCACCAACAUCCAGAAACUUUGACCACCUACACCCAGAAACAUUGACCACCUGCACACAGAAACAUUGACCGCCUACACCCAGAAACAUUGACCACCUUCACCCAGAAACAUUGACCACCUGCACCAAGAAACAUUGACCACCUGCACCCAGAAACAUUGACCAGCAACACCUACCAACAACAUUGACCACCUACACCCUGAAAUAUUAACCAACACCUACACCAAAAAAAAACAUUGACCACCAACACCUACACCCAGAAAUCACCCCCCCCCCCCUGUCACACUUGCAAGAACAAGGUGGAGAGGUUGCGAAACAAACCAUGCAGACUUGUAAGGAGAACAAAUUCAUACUUAUAGUCAUACUAGACAAUAUUUAGAGGACAAUAAUGUUUGUAAUGUUCAAUGUGAUUAGCAACUUUGAUGUGCUAAAAAGAAAAAAACUUGUGCUAUUAGUAGGUAAACUAGUAGUUUUUAAGUUUAUUUGUAGGUAAACUCUGUACAUGGCAAAUAAAGGAACGGUUAAAC